AAAUGCGAAGGAGAACGGCGAGACGCCAUUAUGGAGCGCGCCAUUCGCAGAUGAUUGCUUCACUUUCUUCUUAUUACACUAAGGCGAGUUUCACGUCACUUUGCAAUGACCUGGCCAGAAGGGAAGCGCAGGUUGAAAGCGCACUAUCGUAGAUGUCUUCGUUAUUAACUUCGCAAACACUUAUGGGAUGAUUUCGAAACAAGCCUCAAGUAAAAGAAUAUGUUCGCAUGGCGAAGAAUCUGAAACAAGAAAGAGAUCAAAGCCAAGUCUGGAUAUUGCUGACUGGAAAGAUGAAAUUCAGUUCAGAAGUCCUGCAUCUCCAGCAGCCACCCAGCUCAAAACAGAUAACAAUGGUAGAAAACCAGCAGAGGUUUUCAGAACCGACUUUAUUACUGCAAUGAAGGUCACUGAUAACGUCAACUUUUCAUCUGGAAAGACUUAUGAACUCACAGACCCAUGGAGGCAAGAAUGGGAGAAAGGUGUUCAGGUUCCUGUAAACCCAGAUGCAUUACCAAAGACUUCACUUAGAAAAAAAGAGAAUCCACAACAAGAAAAGAGAUACAGUGCAUUUUCGUUGCCUAAAGCAAGAAUAACACAUGAAAACCCGGAACUCGUUCAUUCAAGUGAAAAGACAACUGUUUGUCUGUAUGAUCUUGACGAUUCUGACGUGGAGUGGCUUAAAACAAUGAAGGGUUCUGUGAAGAGAGGAAGUAACAUUGAUGAAUCUGCAAUGGAGAAAGCCAUUACCUACUUUGAGAGAAAGUGUUUCGAAAAUAUGGCGCAUGCUGUUGCAACUAAGAAAGGCCUAAGCAUUGAGUAUGAUGACACAACAAUCUGUGACGUCUGUUUGUCGCCUGAUACAGAAGAUAGCAAUGAAAUUGUAUUCUGUGAUGCCUGCAAUAUGUGCGUUCACCAGGCCUGCUAUGGAGUCCAGGACAUCCCAACAGGCACCUGGCUGUGCAGACCUUGUUCAAGGGGUGUUCUCUCGCCCCAUUGCGUUAUAUGUCCAAACAAAGGAGGAGCAAUGAAAAGAGUGAAAAAUUCAUUUGAGUGGAUCCACGUGAUUUGUGCCUGGUGGGUACCUGAGGUUAAAAUCGAAGAUACAGAUAAUGUUGAGAAAAUGACAGUCGAUAAAAUACCAGCUAGUCGUAAAAAUCUUUGCUGUUCUCUUUGCCGAGAGAAAGUUGGUGCUUGUAUUCAAUGCUCUGUUAAAAGAUGCGUAGUAGCGUAUCAUGUGACCUGUGCUGUGAAGGAGGGCCUCGAAAUGAAGACCGUCAUGAUGCACGAGAAAGACGAUGUUCAGCAUAUUUCAUAUUGUAAACGACACUGCAUUCCGCAACCACAAGAAAACGUCAAACAGCGAGCUGGGGACGAGGUGGAGAACCAAAGACUGAAAGAGUUACAAAAACUGCAAGACAAAUUCUACGGUUUGGUUGACCUGAGAAGUUCUGCACGAGAGCUGCGGCUAGGACGAGAUAUAACUCAAAAGCUGCUCAGCUAUUGGAUUCUUAAGAGACAGGCAAACCAAAGCCGGCCUUUGAUGCCAUUAACCACCGAACAGCAAGAGAAGUUGAGUGGAAAACAAGGCAUCUAUCUUAUUCAAGAGCAAAUCAACGUUGAGAUGGAGAGAUAUGGCCUUCUCCGGCAGGACCUUGAAAGGUUACGAAACCUGUGUUACUUAAUAAUUCGUCGGGAGAGAGGCAAAAGAGAAGUGCACAAAGCAUCGCAGGAAGUCUUCUACAAACAGGAAACGAUUUUAAGUACAGAAGGAGAGUCGAUGGGCGAUGAAGAGUUCAGAAGGAUAUCAUCAGGAAAUACGUUGAUGCGGUUUACGAAAUUUCCCUAUUACGCUCCCGAUGGGCCUCCAUACGCUGAUCACGCGGAAACACCACACGAUGAAGAGAUGUUGUGGAAAAUGACGAAACUUUGAAUAGUGAGACAACUGUCUCGAAUGCUGGUGAGAAAGGAGAGAUAACGGAUGAAUUAAAUUCCAGUGAACCAGAUGAAUAUAUAUGCAUUGAAAAGUAUCAGUUCGAAAAUGGUAAAAUGGAAGUAAGUACGCAUUUAGAUCUUUCACCGGGUAAAACAGAUACGGUCAGAAACAAUAGUAGCACGGCAUCUGAUACAAACCCGCCCGUUGCUGUCGUCACAGAACAACAAAGGAAAAGAUCAGUCGAAGAAAAGAUCGAAACGAGCUAUUCAUUCCAGUGUAAAAGUGACACAGAAAAUACGAUCGAAAAAAGUGUUCAUGGAAUAGAAACUGUAAUGGCAGAGACUAUCGAUAAGAAUAUUAUUCAUCUAGAUACUGGCAUAGAAGCUGCGUCUGCAGAAUCAUCUUCACAGUGUAAAAGUUCGUCUCCGUCACGAAAACCCAGACAAAGACGUAACUUGUCUCACAGCCCUUCAAGGGUCUUGAGAUCAAGUCGACGCUCUGUUGUUAACGGAAAAGGGAGCAGGCAUUGUGUUGCCAAGAAUAAAAAAGAAUGUGAGACAGAACCUGCCGAUAUAAGGAGCGAACCUUCAAGGUUAUCAGGACCCAACGACGAAAGUGUUAGCUGUGCAUCUCAUGGGCCGAUAACGGAACAUUCGAAAAAGUCUGAAGCAGGAAUGUCUUUUCUUACUGAAGUUUCAGUAAAAGGCGAUUCAUUAGUUGACUCGCAAUUAGAUAAAACAGAAACCACGGCUUUAUGCCAACAAAUUAGGCUAUUUUCAGAAGUGACAGGGGAUUUGAAUCGUAACAAAACUUUUGGAAACAAUGUUAUUGAAAAUCAAAUGGAGGAAUGUGAUGGCUGUAAUUUCGGUACAAGAGGCGACAACGCUUCAACGUUGCGCGGCCGUUCCAAUGAUACUGUUACCCGAAGCUCGACCCUCUCUACGCCUAAUACUGACGAUAUUGUGGGUAGAUUGCAAUGCAGUGGAGCUCGUGUUCUCUCUCCAAGUUCGAAAAUGCUACCUAAAGACGAUUUAGAACUUUUACGUCUCAACAACGGACCAUCAGACUUUAAUAAUGAUUUUAAAAAAGACGACACAUAUCUUUAUUUCAUAAAGGUGCAAAACGCUCUUCGAUUAGCAGUGAGUUAAAUGGCAUCUCUGAUUUAAACGAACCCAAAAAGCCGCUUGUAAAUGGUCUUGGAAAUAGCGCGAGCAGGCUUGGGGCGAUUCUUUGCAAUAAUCUGAAAAACUCUGAUGAAAAUAGCAUGGAAGAUAAACCAUUAAACUCACUACACUGCAAGGAUAUUCUUGCUAAUAAGAAAACAAAUGAUCGAAUUUUUAAGCUAAAUGAAAUCAACCAAAUAAACUGCAUAGAUGACUUCCAUCUUUUGAAAAGUUGUCCUAUUGGAAAUUGUCGCCAAGACCACAAACCACCGCGACCCAAGCUUAAUUUUAUUGCUGAAAAUCAAGAGAUGGACAGACACUCUGAAACAGAAGACAAAAUGGUUAACGGGAAAACUGGCUCUCUGAAACUAGGACAGUCGUUAAAAAAUCCUGUUGUUGUACUAAGUGAGAUACCCAAUAUUGCAUUUUAUAAAAAAGUAAGUCCAUGUACAUUGAACGGUAUGAGUGAAUCUCCUAAGAAAACACGAAGGUAUUCAGAUUUACCAAGUCCUGCUUUUCCUCGAACUGUCAUUGACGAUUUAGUCGCGUGCCCGCAGAGGCUCACAAGAGGCCGUACGCAGCUCAUGAUGUCAGGAGAUGACGGAAGAAAAUCCCGUAAAGCUUCCAAACGGAGGAGAAAAUCGAUGUUCGAACUGGGAACAGGCAGGGAUAUGGUGCUGGAACUGUCUUCCUCUGAUACCGAAUCGCCUAUUUCACCGCAAAGGCUGACAAGAAGACGCUUACGAUGGUUGGGAUCUGGGGGAUCGAAUUCAAACGAGAUGGAAGUUAUUGAUGAACUGGAUUGUUCUCGUGAUGAUUUUCAUAUCAACGUGAACAAGAAAGCAUCAGCUAGCGAUCCAAACACAGAUGCGCUUAUAGGACAGGCUGCGAAACGUAUUCACGUGGACGAAAUAACUGGUAGUCCAACAAGACUAACGAGAGCACGUGUCAGAUCAUUAGGCCUAGAUCAGGGAUUCGAGAUUUAGUAUGUACUCAAUGCUAUUUUAUUACUUUCUUGAUCCUUUUUUACUAUUCAGUUUCCUUGAAGGCCCAUAGCAUUUCCAGCCAACGCUGAUAUCCAAUUCCUGUACUAUUUUGCAUCAAUAACUGACAGAUGAGAUAGCAUUACCUUUAUAAGGAGUUUCGUAUGCAGCUAGCUCAGUAGUAUUCACCUCCCUUUACUAGUUUUUACAAAUAUUGUCUUUUAGCUUUAUGACGUAGGUUUCAAUCGUCAAAUGUGUAUAGAAAGGCGGAAAAUGAAUAAUGAAAAUCGAAUAUCAACCAUCCUAACUCCAUAUUUAUCGAACAGACGACUGUCUUCAGAUGGUUGCAAGCCAUCCCUUGACUUCAUUAACUGCUUUCUAUCUUGUUAAAAGUUUCUUUUUUGUUUUGCAUUUCAUUGAUAAUGAUCCCUUGUAACUGACUGUUGCCAUAUCACGCCAUUGUCCGUCCUAAUGAAUUCAGAUUUAACCUAAACUCCCAAUCUAAGAAAUCUUUGUGUUUGUGUCUUUAACAAUCGUACAAGUUUGUACUUUUACAUCAAAUUUUGUUGCUUUUAGGAUAAAAUGUAUAAUUACAGCGCGAAGAUUUUCGCAUUUGUAUUUUACUGCGGCUGUACUUCAGCCUGAAAAUAUUAGUAUUACGUAGAAUGUGAAAAUUA